AUGCCUACACAUCUCGCCGCUGUCCUACCAGGCAAAGGCCAACCCUUUGAGAUACAAACCCGUCCCACCCCAAAGCCAGGCCCAAAUCAACUCCUCAUCGCCGUCAAGUCCGUCGCCAUAAACCCAGCAGAUGCCCUCAUGCGCGAGUACGGCCUCUUCAUAUCGGAGUUUCCCGCCGUCAUCGGCUUCGACAUGUCAGGCCUCGUUCUGGAGGUUGGCGAGAACGUCCCUAGUGAUGCAGAUGGCAAAACAAUAUGCUUUCAACCAGGUGUCACCCGAGUUGCUGCCUAUUCUGCUUCGGCUUGGAGAGGCUGUGAUCCGGAUUAUGGGCCCUUCCAGGAAAAGUGUCUUGUUCCGUGGCAACAUGUUGCACCUCUCCCUGACCACAUGUCGUGGAAUCACGCUGCAACACUACCUGUGUCUGUUCAGGUACCUCUUAGUGCCUGGGAUGAAAUGGGUAUUCCAAGGAUGGAAGGAAAUUUUGCUUCCGUUGACGCAGACCAGAGCAAUAGCACUUCCGAGAAAGAAGAGGCAAAAAGCCACGUCAAGAAAGAAGAAGUUCUUCUCAUUUGGGGUGCUUCGUCCAGUAUCGGCACUAUGGGUGUUCAGACAGCCCGUCUGAUGCGUCAAGACCCCAGCUAUCCUUUCGCGGCUGUAUAUGCUACCGCUGGAUUAGCAAACCAAGAGUAUAUCCGCUCACUAGGCGCCGAUCGUGUCUUUGACUACAAAGACCCAUCUGUCGUGGAGUUUAUCAUCUCUGCAGCCAAGGCUGAUGGACUAGCCAUACGACACUGCUUCCUCGCGACAGGUCAACUCGCGCUAUGCCAGGCUGUGCUGAAGGCCUUUGGCGGACAAGGAACCAAGUCAACAAAGAUAGGGUCAGCAGUGCCGAUCCCACAAGAUGCAGAGGAUCUAGAUGGUGUGGAAGUGAUAUUCGUCAAGCCCUCCAUGGCGAAUGAAGAGGAAAGGCUGGAGCAGUUCAGGUACUGGAUAGGUACUUGGUUGAGGGAGAAUUUGACCAGAGGCACUGUCAAGCCUAGUCCGGAGCCGAGUGUCGUGGGAAAGGGAUUGGAGUAUAUCAACGCUGGGUUGGAUCAGGUAGCCCAAGGUGUGAGUUGUAGGAAACUGGUCAUCGAGAUUAGCGAGUAG